AUGAAGUUUUCUGGAGUAGCGUUGGCUGUCCUGGCCGCACUCGUGCCCGGCACGGAGAGCGCCGGCGGCGCCUGUGCUGGCAACAAGACGCUCACCGUCGAGACGGCGCCCGAUUUUGUGCGUCCGUAUGUACUGCCACGCUUCCACGGCAAGGCCAUCAUGCUCACCAAGACGCAAACCAUUACCUUUUCCAUCACCGCCAACUCCUCCGGCGGGGCCUUUUCCCUGGUGCAGCACAACGGCAAGGUGACCACGUGGCUGAAUGCGCGUCCCCACGUGCACAAGACGUACCACGAGCACUUUUACUGCUCCCGCGGUCGCGUCGAGCUGUGGACCAAGCGAAACACGACGGCCGGUAACGAGGACGAGGCCCGCGUCGCGAGCUUCGGCGAUUAUGGCAAUGUCCCGCCCGGCACUAUCCACACCUUCCAGCUCGUCGACCCUGACUCGCAGCUCACGCACGCCUUUCACCCGGCCGGUUUCGAGAAGCUGUUCGACGACGUCUCGUCCGGACGCUUCUCGUCCGAGGCGCACGCACCGUACGUUCCGGACCCGGUCGAUGAGCAGCCGUAUGGGCCCAUGACGCCCGAGCUGACGGCCCAGCUUGAGCCGCUGGACCUCUUUGCCGUGCCUGAUGACGAGUAUGUCCCACGUCGCGACUUUGUCAAUGGCACGGCAAGCUCCGCGGGCUUGAACUGGCACAAUGGUACCAACGAGCUGCCCACGGAUCCUACUAAGCCGUACUUUAUCGCCAACAACUACGGUCCCAAGUUCCUCAACUCAGAUAACGGCUACAAAGUCAUUCAGCCUAUCUCGACAGUGAGCGACGAGACUGAGUCCCGCGUCACACUACCCAACCACCUGGGUAUCCAGCUGGACGAUGGCCAGCUCAUGCUCUCGGUUGAAGGCUACAAGAAGACCUAUCUUCUGCAGGGUGAUGUUGCCUUUAUUCCCGCCGGCACGCCGUUUAGCUAUCAGGCGAUGGUGCCACUUACCAAGUUCUUGUAUCUCAAUGCGGGCCCGCAUGGUCUCGAGUACGAGCUACUGAAGCGCAGCGUGUCGUGGGGAUUCCCGUCGUACCCUGUUGAGGCCGGGUUCAAGGCUGUGCCUUGA